CGAAGAGGACGCUGCGAUGCUGCGAUGCUUUCUUUCUUGCCCGUCUUGUUGCUCAAUGCCUUGAUCGCCUGCGCCCUCGGGAGCUCCGACUACGACGAGAAGCUGCUCCUCCGGCCCCUUCCACAGGACACGCUCCUUGCCUCGUUCAACUUCCGCAGCAACGAGAGUGCCGCCGCCUUCGAGCAGCAGAACUUCCGCUUCUUCCCGCGCUCUCUGGGGCAGAUCCUGCAGCAUGCCCGCGCCAAAGAGCUGCAUCUGAGGUUCAGCGUGGGGCGGUGGGAUGCCGAGAACUGGGGCCAGCGCCCGUGGAAUGGCGCGCGUGAAGGCGGCACCGGCGUCGAGCUGUGGGCGUGGGUCGAAGCAGACAACGAGGCAGAGUCAUUCGCACAAUGGCUGACCCUCACGAAUGCCCUUUCUGGCCUCUUCUGCGCCUCGCUGAACUUCAUCGAUGCGACCAAGACGAUCCGGCCCGUCAUGUCCUUCUCGCCCGAAGGUGACCACAGCAACUCGUCCAACCUGCAUCUACUGCAUGGCACGCUGCCCCACGAGGUCGUCUGCACGGAGAAUCUGACGCCUUUUCUAAAGCUGCUCCCCUGCAAAGGCAAGGCGGGCAUCUCAAGCCUGCUAGAUGGACACAAGCUGUUCGACGCGUCGUUCCAGACCAUGGCAAUUGACGUGCGCCCAGUCUGUGAGGAGGGUGGCGCAAGCUGUUCUGUGGAGAUGGAGCAAACUGUGGACAUGGUCUUGGACAUCGCCAGGUCGAAGCGUCCACGAGACAACCCGAUACCCCGCCCCCUGCCUAUCGAGCAGAUCGAGUGCGACACGUCCAAGGGUUACAAUGCACAUGAUACCUGCUACCCACUGAACAAGGGCACUGAGCCAGCCUGGACUCUGGAAGAGGUGUUUGGUAGGCCGCUGAAAGGUGGCUGUCCUCUGGUCGACGACGUUGGCGAUGACGCGAACACUGUCUGCAUCAAUACCCCACCAGAGCGCACUCUACAAGUCAACACAACCGAGCAGUAUUUCGAGACCAGACUGGUUUAUGAUACGCUCCGGUGCUACAAACUUCCCACUGGCGCAGAUUUCGAUCUCGUACUGCCAGAGCAGCAGAUGAAGACUGGGUUGAUACGCGCUGAACCCCCACUUUUCGCCGCUAGGUCCAUCAACGGCCACGGACAGGAGCGAGGCAGUACGCAGGCAAUCAUCAGAAACCCAUCCACCACCGAAGCAGUCGAGAUCGUCUAUCUAGAGUCCCUCCCCUGGUUCAUGAAGCCCUACCUCCACACUCUGCGCGCCCGCAUCGACACAACGCCCGAAAGUCCCAUCAAAGAAACCUACUACCGCCCAGCCGUAGACCGACAGCGUGGAACACAUCUCGAGCUGCGCCUUGUCAUCCCACCAAGCUCCACCCUGACCCUAACAUAUGACUUCGAAAAGGCCAUCCUCCGCUACACAGAGUAUCCGCCUGAUGCGAACCGUGGCUUCGACGUCGCGCCUGCUGUCAUUCGUCUUCUCUCCCCACCACCAGGCGACAGGAAGGGCAUCUAUGUCCGCACCACUUCCCUGUUGCUGCCGCUUCCUACUCCCGACUUUAGCAUGCCGUACAACGUCAUCAUCCUCACUAGCACUGUCAUGGCGCUCGGGUUCGGCAACAUAUUCAAUCUGCUUGUAAGACGUUUUGUCGGCGUCGACGAGGUGCCCAUUGGCGCAGGUGGGCUGAAGGGGGUCUUGCAAGGGAAGCUUAUGCGGCUGAAAACCGUGUUUGGAAAGACGUAG